UCGUAAAAUAUAGAAGGCACGGGAGGAAGAUAAUGAGCUUGGGUUUGUGGACUUGGUGGUCAGAUUGACUUCUUCUUCCUGCAGUAGCCUUUAAGAAAUGUCUGCAACAGCAGUCGCCUUUAAUUCAACGCCAUAUUCUUCCGGUCUACUCCACUUCUCCGUCACAAAGUCCCAAACUUCUAUCCCCUACAAUGCCAGUUGCAGGAACUCUUCUUCUUUGAAGUCAUUGUCUCUAACUGAACUCUUUCUUAGAAUCCCAAAUGGGACUCCUAAACGCAACUUCUCCACUGCCUCCAAGCCCUUCUCCUCCCCUGUCAUGAGUUGGCAAGAUUGCACGGUAAAGAUGGAAAUUGAUGUGCCUGCAUCUGCUGCUUAUAAAUUUUAUUCUGAUCGGGAAGCGAUCCCUCAAUGGAUGCCCUUCAUUUCAUCUGUUAAGAUAGUGGAAGACAAGCCUGACUUAUCUCGAUGGUCAUUGAAAUAUAAAGCAUUUGGUCAAGAUAUUGAAUACUCUUGGCUUGCUCGAAACAUGCAGCCCAUUCCAAAUCAGAAAAUCCACUGGAGAUCUCUUGAAGGUCUCCCUAACAGAGGUGCUGUUCGAUUUUUUCCAAAAGGCCCUUCAUCAUGUGUGGUGGAGUUAACUGUUUCAUAUGAAGUUCCACAAUUAUUAGUCCCAGUUGCAUCAGCCCUGCAACCUUUUCUUGAAAGCUUACUCAGACGUGGCUUAGAGCAAUUUGCAACUUUAGUAAAAAGUAAAUAGAUGAAAAUAACAACAUGAAAUGUCUCAACUGGGUAAACAAACCUUCUAUUAAUAUUGGUGCAGAUUCUUUAGACUUGGAUACAUUCUUCAGAACUAUUAGUCUCCUAUUAUUGAGAUCU